CUCCUCACCCGUGCCCGUCUCCCUCCCCAAUCCCUUCUUCCUCCCUCGCCUCUGAUCCGCUCCUCCCUCUCACGCCUGCUGCCACUACCGGCUCCUCAUCUGUCACCGCCGGAGCCGCAAAGUCUGCGGUGAAGUUUCGGUUCUGGGGGGGUGGGGGCGGGGCGACCACGCUUCGGCUGCCGGUCUUCUCUGCAACCUCUCUGUCCUUAUGUGAAAUGCUGCUGUUGUCUCACAGGAAUCCAAACAAAUGCUCUGUGGCCGUCAAUUCUGGUGACCAACAGAUUGUCUCCAAGCUCUUAUGAUUUCCUAUGCCACAGUCGUCCGCAGAGAAGAUGCCGUCAGUCUAUCUUUACAUCCCUAACAUCAUUGCAUGUGGAUGAAAAGUGGAAAUCUAUUGGAUUCAACAUUCAAGAAUUGUUAUCACGCAGGUUAUUUCAGGAUCAUCGUAAAUUUCAUUGCAUUUGCUGUUUGCUAUUCAAACAGGACCCUCUUUGCUAUCCUGUACUUCUUCAGCUUUGUCCUCGAUGGCAUUGAUGGGUGGUUUGCACGGAAGUUCAAUCAAGCAUCCACAUUUGGAGCUGUGUUGGACAUGGUUACAGAUAGGGUUAGCACUGCUUGUUUGUUGGCCCUUCUCUCACAGAGUUACAGACCUGGCUUGGUUUUCUUGAUGCUGCUUGGGUUGGACAUUACAAGCCACUGGUUUCAAAUGUAUAGUUCUUUCUUGUCAGGUAAGACUAGCCACAAGGAUGUACAGCACACAAGCAAUUGGCUUCUGAAAUUAUAUUACGUGUAUAGGCCAUUCAUGGCCUUCUGUUGUGUUUCUUGUGAGGUUUUGUAUAUUAUCCUCUUUCUCUUUGCUGAUGAGAAAUCAACAAGCUUGCUUAGUGUAUGCAGAGUUGUAAUGAAGCAAAGUCCCCUCAUUGUCUUGGUGUUCAUUUCAACUCUUGUUGGCUGGGCAUUGAAACAAGUUACCAACAUCAUCCAGAUGAAAACAGCUGCAGACACAUGCGUCGAGAUUGAUCCGAAGCGCAGCAAAUGAAGCAGGAAGGCACCAGCUUCAUUCAGUUUUGUAUUCGACAUAUCCAAAGGAAACACUUCGUGGGGGCUUGUACACCAAGGUUUACAUACAGUGGUUACUUCUUGUGUGCCUGUACAUCUUUCUAAUGACGCUGAUCCAUGGGACCAGAAAACAACAUGCUUUGGGAAGAACAGCAUAAAGAGAACAGGAGAUAAAUGCAAAUCGUUACGCUGUUUGUCAGUA